AUGACAAACGUUACACUCGCAACCACCUCUGUCCCCGUGGCCACCAAGCCCGUCCCCACCGCGCAGAACGGCGUCGAAACCCCCCUCUUCUCUACCAACCUCAUCUCCCCCGAAGUCCUCGCCGCCCUUCCCCCCGGCUACACAAUCCGCCCUCUCCGCCGCUCUGACUUCCAACGCGGCUACCUCGACGUCCUGCGCGUGCUGACGACGGUGGGCGACGUGGACGAAGACAAGUGGAACCAGCGGUACGACUGGAUCUCCUCGCGCAACGACGAAUACUACCUGCUAGUUGUGUGUGACGAUGCGGAGCGGAUUGUGGGCACGGGCAGCUUGAUCGUGGAGCGCAAGUUUAUUCACUCAUUGGGGCUUGUUGGUCAUAUUGAAGAUAUUGCGGUCGAGAAGGGGCAGCAGGGGAAGAAGUUGGGGUUGAGGAUUAUUCAGGCGUUGGAUUUUGUGGCGGCGAGGGUUGGGUGCUAUAAGAGUAUUCUUGACUGCUCAGAGGCCAAUGAGGGUUUCUACGUCAAGUGCGGUUUCAAGCGUGCUGGCCUCGAGAUGGCGCAUUACUACUGA